AUGUCCGCUCCUGUUCCAGUUUGUUACUCAGACAUCGGCAAAUCUGCUAGUGAUCUACUUGGUAAGGAUUACCCAGUUGGAACAAUCAAGCUUGAAUCAAAAACAACCGCUCCUAAUAACGUAUCAUUCAUCCUUUCGGGUCAAAAAGAUUUAAAGGCCGGGGGAAUUAGCGGCGAGUUUAAAAGCAAAUAUAAUUACCCCAAAAGAGGUUUCUUGUUCACUGGAACCUGGACAACAGCCAACUCUUUAAACGUCCAAGUUGAACUUGAUAAUAAUCUUGCAAAAGGGUUGAAAUUAGACUUAAACACAAAUCUUCACCUAGCCAGCGGCAGUAAGAAGGGACCAGUAUUCCAAGGAGAUGUUGUGAUCGGUCAUGAGGGGUUCCUUAUAGGCGGCGAGGCAUUUUAUAAUGUCUCGGAUGGUAACGUCACCCGUUAUGGUGUAUCUACAGGUUUCACUGCUCCCGAAUACAAUAUCACCCUCAAAGCUACCAAUUCGAUGGCUGCAUACGAGCUUCUAUAUUAUCACCGUGUACAUUCUGAUAUCGAAGCUGGAGCGAAGGCACGUUGGGAUACUACUACUUCAGGUGAUAAUAGUAUUAGUAUGGAAGUCGGUACCAAAUAUUUCUUGGACCGUCAUACGUUUGUUAAGGCGAAGAUCGAUAAUUUUGGUCGUUUGGGUCUCGGAUACACGCAAGAACUUCGUCCGGGUGUCAAAAUUUCUAUCGGUGGUAGUUUUGAGACCUCGAAACUAAGUACAAAUUCACAUCGAAUUGGUGUUUCUUUUAAUUUAGAAUCUUAA